AUGUUGACGUUUAACCAGAAGCCGGAAAAGAAAUGGCGACUGGCUUUGGCUAGAAAAAAAAAAGAUGGAUUAAAGGGGAGUAUUAUGAAGAAAGAACCACCAGUUAAGAAAAUAAUUAAAAAGGGACCUGUCACUGUUCAGAAAGAAGUUAAUGUAACGAAAUCUACGGAACAAAUAACCAACCAGGAGUUAAAAACAGUUACUGAUGAAGAAUCGAAAGAAGAACCACAAGCAGUAACUGAGGGAGAUGAAUCAGACCAGCCAAUAGAAGGACAGUUUAAAUUAAACAAGUUGAUGUCCACUGUCUUAGAAGAUGAAUUACAAAAGAUUCUGACACAGAUAUGGAAGGCAUUACCCAACUUAAAUUCAACUGACAUGGAGAAAUUUAUCGCGGAAAGGUUACAUAAUGAAGCUCUUGUUGAGCUAAAGAAUGUACUCGGUCUUAAUAUCACUAAAAGAUUACUCAAUGUGUACAAUCCCUUAUUUGUGAAGAUACAAUUCUCAUGUCGUCCCGAAAAUGGUUUAUUGUCGAAAUUCCUCAAAAACUACAACAUAACUAAAUUCAAACGUAUUGAUCCUGAAACUAACACGUUUGCGGCUAUAUUAGACACGAUAGCUGACUUUGAUAAAAUAUGUAAAGCCAAGAACAUUAAAUGCGGUAGCGCAAAAAUAACAGUGACUCCAUGCUACAAGUUCAAGAAAUGUCCAAAAAAUCUUAUCACAGCCUUCAAUAAUACGGCGGAAUAUGAAAACUAUUUUAACGAACAUACCACAGGCAACGUAAAAAAGGAAAACUCAUCAAGCAUAGACAAUUCAGAAAUAGAAAAAGUUGAUGAAAAAAUUGUUCAGAACAAACCAAAGCCUGAUAUAGAAAAUCCUGGGAACAAAACAACACAGGAGAUAAAAUCUACAGAUAAACAAAUUGACAACAAGAAUGAUGAAUUUAUGAACUAUGAAAUGUAUGAAGAACAAGAAAUUGAUCCGGAAUUAAAUGAAGAAAUGGCUGAUGAAGAAAUACUAGCGUUAAUAUCUAGCGGUGUUGUUCUUGAUGAAUGUAGUGGAUCAGACCGCGAAUAA